UAUAGGACACAUACAUGUCUUUUUAAAUAGAAAUAAGACUGGCAAAUACUGGGAAGGUAAACACUGCUGGAUUUGUAGGAACUGGACGUUUCGUCAUUUUAAAAUCUCGAAGGAAUGUAAACGAAGCGAACUCUUUUAACAGCGACAUGGUUGGAGAUUAACUGAAUUAUUAGAGAACUACAAGACAUGGAUUAUCUAUGCUUCAGGAUUUGAUGUCAUUUUAUCUUUGGCUUUGAACCGAAUGUUGUUUGUUUGUGUGUAUGUGUAUUAAUGUCUUAAUGUGCUUAUGUGCCAUGUUUUUGACAUGUGAUCUAGUUUUCCACUUUUAAUGGCAGACGCAAACUCGGACACUCAGGUCUUGUUGCAGUCCAUGCUUCAAAGGCUGAGGCUUCAACCAAAACUCGAGAACAACAGCUUACACACACAAGAUAAAGUAGCGCAUAGUAUACCUGUAAUUGAGCAAAAUGGCAGUGCGACCACGAGCACACCUCAAACUCCGCCAAUGUACAAUUUAGGUUUUUCUAUGGACAGCAAAUCUUGUGUGACUAAUCUGGCUGGACCGCUGAGUCCGGGCUCAACUGGUGUAACAACAUCUUUUUCAAAAGAACUUGCAAAAGGAAUUGCUGUUCACAGUACAGAAAGGACAUUUACACCAAAUCUACCCUUAAAUUUGGGGUUUAUGAGCAACCACACUGCAUCACGAGGGAACAGUGACAUCAGUACACGUGCAGAUGAUGGUACGAUGACCAAGCAGCAAAGAAAGCAAAUAUUCUCUUUGACAAAAAUGAAGAAUGUCCCAUCUAAACAGACUGUAACACACUCUGACCAGUCAGAAUCAAACAUCCAGGUCCAGAAAGCUGGAGAGAAGAGAUGGACUCAGAAGGUGAAGGAAAAAUGGAAAGAGAGACACAAAAACAUACCCAGAAUAGCACAAGGUGAUGGAGAGAAACAAGAACAGACCAAAAUGACAGACAAUAUCAGGUCUCCAAUUCCUGUCCAAUCUUUGCCCGGUGAAAACAACACAACUUCAGCAUUUAAUAAAGACAAUAGUGUCCAGCUUCAGCCCAUCAGCAAUGGUCUUGUUGAAGGCAUUCCCAGUCCAGCUGAUAACAUGAGUGAGACCUUAUUUUCACCGGGAACAUUUAACCUGAUGGAAGAGAUUUUUACUGGACAGGAGUGGGCCAAGUUUCUCCCGUCUAACACUAGCAGCCAAUCAACAUGUUCCAUUACACAAGACCAAGAAAUGGGACUAACAAGCAGUAUUAGUCAAUCACAUCAAAACGAUCAAACCAUGCACAGCCAAUGGAAUUACAGAGAUUGCACAGGUCCUAGUUUGCCACUGACACAAUCCCAAGUGAACUCUGAACUUCGAGUGAAAAUCAUGGACGCCACUGAGGUCAUGUUAAACCAGGCAAAUACUUCAAAUUUUGGUCUGCCCCUUAUGUCUGAGUUAAAUGGUCAGCACGGGCUGUCUGAUUCAGAAGUAAACCAAUUGGAGAGCAUGGAUCUGAGUGGCAGCAGACUGGGGAACAAUCAUUCAAACAAUGACCAAGUAAAUAUUUAUUCACAUAAUCAAUCAAGUGUCAUAGAACUUAAUGCUAAUUCGACAUUAUCCAAUGAGCAAAGUGUAAAUCAGUCACAAGCAACGGAAAUAAACCACAACCAACCUGGAGGUGUGCAUGAGGUUCUAUCCAUAUUGGAUACAUCAUAUCUUCAGCCGAACGACAGCUCCUCUCUGAGGAAGCAAAUGUCUCUGAGCCGUAAGCGAGGCUACUCCACAGAGAGAAAAAACUCAGAGACAGGAGAAAUGCAAGAAUGGAGGCAUAAUUGCUUUGUUUCAGGUCCACCAGAAGGUCUCUCCCCUGCAUCUUCCACCUCCUCUCUAGAGUACUCUAUAUCCCAGGAUUCCGAGUCAUCUGUGUCUAUAGAAACUGUAAUCAAAAAGAGGCGGGUGGAAAACACACGGCGUGUGCGAUUCGCAGAAAAGGUGACCAUUGUACCGAUGCUUGCUCUGUCUGACAAUGAGGACGAUCCUGAUGAUGAGGAUUACACUCAUAACCAAAAUCAGGGCACCGAGGACAAGGUGGAGGAUUCGCCACCUCAAGCGUCUGCUCCCAGAUGGAUCGAGGCACUCAGGAGCAAGAAGAAGAGGAUGCACAAACUUAAACUUCCACGCAUGAGGACUAGAAAAUAUCGCUUUGUGUAACAAACUACAAAUAGCACUGUAUUAUAACACACAUCUUUAAUAAUUUAAAAAUAAGAAAACUCCUCUGAAUGAUUAGGACCAAGUGAGAAGUCUGCACUUUAAAUCAUUUGGAGCUACAGUAUAUUUAUAACUGCUAACUAGAUGAGUGCUUAUAUAAAAAUAAUGAGUGUAAGUAUACAUAUACUUAUGAGCCAGUUUAUUAGGCACAUUAAAUGCUAUUAAAUGCCGUUAGCAGCACAAUGAAUAAAAGGAGGUUUAGCUGAUCUUCAUAUCAGACUUUACCAUGAAAGGAAAAAAAAGUGAUUUUUGUGAUUUCGAUUUUGACAUUUUGCUCAUUCGAGCCAGACAGACUGGUUUAAAAGUUUGAGAAACUGCUGAUUUCCUGAGACACAACCAGUGGUGGACAGUGACAAAGUAAAUAGUGUAAUUCGUUACUAUACUUAAGUAGCAUUUUCGCCUAUAUUUUCUAAAGUAUUUCAAUUUGAGGAGACGUUUACUUUAACUUCAUUGCAUUUCAACGUCAAAUAUCUUCGAAAUCAGUUUUGAUUGACGCUUGGUGGUAUCUGAUUAGCACGAACGUACAGUUUAACAGCAAGCAGAACAUUUUGAGGGGAAUAAAUGAUAAAAGAAAAUCCUGACUCUAACUUGCCACAACACUCGUGGUCUUAUUUAAGCUUUUUUUUUUUUUUUUAGUUAAAA